AUGCAUCAUUUGCUAUGCAUUCUCGCAGCAUUCUCGCAAGCGGCGGCUUCGUAUCACGAAGGAGUCGGAGUUCUUCGGUAUGUGAAUCCGAAAAUCGGCACGUUCGGUGUCACACCCAAUGGCAAUGGCGGCAUGAUCCCGUCCGUGUCGCCUCCAUUUGGAAUGACAAGGUGGACACCACAAACACGAGAAAACUUCAUAAGUCAAUGUCCAUACAAUGAUCUCGAUCAUUUCAUCCAUGGCUUCCAAGCUACGCAUCAACCAGCCAUCUGGAUGGGUGAGAGUGGCCAGGUAGUCCUCACGCCGGGCCUCGGAGAUAUUCGGCCACUCUUCGUAGAUCACGCUCAUGCUUUCAAGAAGUCCGAUGAGAUCUCCACUCCCUACGUGUAUGAAGUGACCAUGGACGCCGAAGCAGUGACAUCGGGUUACAAUUUGACGGAAAGCAUUUACAGUCCUGUUCCAGGUGGUGCCCAACCAGUUCCGGGUGAUGUCCGUGAAGGCGCCAACGGUCGAACGCGAAGAGAUGAACCCGCAAGGAUCUAUCAGGAAUCGAAUCCUCGAUUCGAAAACCUCACCAUACACACCGCGAUGACAGCGACAUCUCAUGUCGGGCAUCUUCGCUUCGACUUUUCUAAGCAAGUCGCCUCCGGAUCUACAAAGCAUCCAUAUAUCUUCGUUCAAGCAACACGACAGAAUUGGACUGGUCAUAUCAACAUCGAUCCUACUAGACGCGAGGUCUCGGGUAGCAAUACACAGAGACAAGAUUACGCUUUGGGUCCUGAUCGUGCGCCAGGAUUUGCAUCGUAUUUCGUCUCGAGAUUCUCCGAAGCGGUUGUGGCUUACGGCAUUACGUAUGGUGAUUAUGUUCAAGAUGGAAUGUCGGAUGGCAGCGGGACACAUCUCGGUGCCUAUGUCAAAUUUGCUGAGACGGCCCAUCGAGUAGAAGUACGAACAGCUAUCUCCUUCAUCAGCAUCGAACAGGCCAGGUUAAAUCUGGAAAUCGAGGCACCCGAUUCAAAAUCCUUCGACACGGCUGUUGAAGAGCUCAAAAGCGAUUGGCUCGAGAAAUUGAAUCGCGUCACAAUUGAGGGUGUGAACGAAACGUCUAGCGAACACGACCCUCGAACGAUCUGGUAUACAGGUCUCUUCCACGCCCUCCAGUAUCCCGCGGACUUCUCCGAGCCGACCACUUCGGAAAAGAACGGUCUGCGGAAAUUCUACAGCGGCUACACUGACAGCGUUCAUUCCGCCUACGACUCCUACUAUCAAUCCUGGUCCAUCUGGGAUACGUUCCGCGCCGAGCAUGGUCUACUCACGCUCUUCGCUCCAGAACGAGUCAAUAGCAUGGUCCGCUCCCUCCUCCUGAUCUACGACUGGACCAGCCGCUUGCCAAUGUGGGCCAACAUUGUCGAGACCAACAUAAUGAUCGGCACGCACGUCGAUGCCAUCAUCGCCAACGCGCUCUCACGAGGUUUCAAGGACUUUGACUUGAUUAAAGCAUGGCAGGCCGUGAAAAAGAACGCCUACGAGCCUCCACAAAACGACACAAAUCUGCUUUAUUUCGACCGCGAGGGUUUCACUCCCGCUGAAGCCCGCGCCGGUCUUACAUCGUACAUGUCGUCUAUAGGCUACGUGCCGAACGAUAAAUGGUCCGAGAGCGCCUCUCGUACCCUGGAUUACGCCUAUGACGACCACGCCGCGUCCAUCGUCGCUACCUGGGCCGAAGACGGCGAGAGCUCGGAGCAUCUCCAGCACCGCAGCCAAAGCACAUACAAGAACAUUUUCAACGCCGGCACGGGCUUUUUCGAAGCGCGGAACUCCAACGGAACAUGGGCAGGUCCAUCCCAAGGCUGGUGCGAAGGCAACUCCUGGACCUAUCUCUUCAACGUGAUGCACGACCCAACAGGCCUAGCCACCCUCCUCGGCGGACCCGCGGCCAUGAAGCGACAACUCGACGCCUACUUCAACGAGGGCCACAACGACCAUACCAACGAGCCCUCCCACCACAUCCCAUACCUCUACACCGCGAUAGGACAUCCCGCCUCUACGCAAAGACUGGUCCGGGAAAUCGCCCACCAGAACUACAACGCGACGCCCGCGGGCCUCAGCGGGAACGAGGAUCUCGGGCAGAUGAGCGCAUGGUACGUGCUGAGCGCCAUGGGGUUCUACCCGCUCGACCCGGCGGGGGACGAGUACAUCGUGAGCUCGCCGUUCUUCUCGAAGAUGACGAUCCGCUUCCCCGCGGGCGCCGCGACGGGGGGGAUGGCCCAUCGGGGAGCAGGCGACGGCGGAGAACACACUCUCGUGAUCUCGGCCCCGGGCGCGGAGAAGAGGGCGUAUGUCAGGAGCCUCGAGGUCGAUGGCGUGAGGGUCGCGACGCCGAGGUUGAAACACGGCCAGAUCGUCACGGCGAGGGAAAUCCUCUUCGAGAUGGCGGAGACGCCGCAGGAUUGGGGUGCAUAUUAA